UGACUCCUGUGUAGAUAUUUACAUAAAUACGCGCGGCGUACAUUAUCCUCCCGCCUUUGUGGUUGGUGAGCCAAUCAAAAACAUUCUGAAGUCGACAUGGAGCCAACCGGGGCCGCUUCCGACGACUAUUCCCAGGUUGAAACACCAUUGCUCAACGACGGUCUUGUUGAUGGCUUCGUUGACUACAAAAGUCGUCCAGUCGUCAGAUCCAGAUCCGGUUCCUGGAGAUCCGCCUCUUUCAUCAUCGGUGUUGAAAUUGCCGAGAGAUUUGCGUAUUAUGGAGUCAGUUCCAACCUCAUCAUGUAUUUGACCGGACCUUUGGGCCAAUCCACCGCCACCGCCGCGGAAAACGUCAAUGCUUGGGCUGGAACGGUGUCGCUUUUACCGCUUUUUGGUGCCUUUGUUGCUGAUGCUUUUUUGGGGAGAUACCGGACAAUUGUUAUCGCUUCUUCCGUCUAUAUACUGGCACUCGGGCUGCUGACUGUGUCAACUUUACUUCCGUAUUCCAACUGUGAAACCGGCACAUCAUGUUCUCCUCCUCAAUUCCAAGUUAUUCUGUUUUUCGUAUCACUAUAUCUUUUGGCAUUUGCACAAGGAGGGCACAAGCCUUGUGUUCAAGCAUUUGGAGCCGAUCAGUUUGACUCCGGGAAUCCCGAAGAACGCAAAGCCAAAAGCUCGUUUUUCAACUGGUGGUAUCUUGGAUUAUGUGGUGGCCCACUUAUGGCUCUAGGUGUUCUUAACUACAUUCAAGAUAACUUUAGUUGGGCUCUCGGGUUUGGCAUUCCUUGCCUUGUUAUGGGUCUUGCACUGCUUAUAUUUUUGGCGGGAACCGUCACUUACCGGUUUGAAGAAAAGGUAAAUGAAAAAAGUGCUUUUGUAAGAAUCGGUCAGGUGUUUGUUAGAGCAUUCCGGAAUCGGAAAACUACGUCUUCAUCGAUAUCUAUGGAAGAAGAAGCUUCCGGGACCUUGCCUCAUCAAGGCUCUCAACAAUUCAGAUUUCUCAACAAAGCCUUAAUUUCACCAGAUGGGUCAAAGGAAGAAGGAAAGGUUUGUAGCAUUAAUGAGGUUGAAGAAGCGAAAGCAGUACUUCGACUAGUUCCAAUAUGGGCCAGCUGUUUACCGUUUGCAAUCGUUUUUGCUCAAUUUUCCACAUUAUUCACCAAACAAGGAGUCACCAUGGACCGGUCAAUCGGGUCAACCUUUGAAAUUCCAGCCGCCACAUUACAAUCGUUCAUCAGCCUGACAGUUGUCAUCCUCAUUCCCAUCUACGACCAGAUCAUGCUUCCCAUUGCCAGAUCAGUUACCAGAAAACCAUCCGGAAUAACAACGCUUCAAAGAAUCGGAACUGGAAUCUUCAUAUCCAUAUUUUCAAUGGUGGUUGCAGCACUUGUUGAAAUCAAACGACUUCAAACCGCAAGCAAAUACGGGUUAGUAGACGACCCGAAUGCAGUAAUUCCGAUGAAAGUAUGGUGGCUGUUACCUCAAUAUCUGCUAACUGGUGCCGCUGAUGUUUUUACAAUGGUCGGUCUGCAAGAAUUUUUCUAUGAUCAAGUACCAAGCGAGUUGAGAAGCAUAGGUUUGGCACUGUAUCUUAGUAUAUUCGGUGUUGGUAGCUUCUUAAGCAGCUUUCUUAUUUCGGUGGUUGAGAAAACGACAGGUGGAGAUGGUAAAGACGGUUGGAUUUCGGAUAAUUUGAACCAGGGUCAUCUUGAUUAUUUCUACUGGCUUCUAGCUGGUAUGAGUGCAGUCGCAUUUUUAAUCUACUUAUAUUUUGCAAAAACGUACAUAUAUAAUCGAGCGAGUACCAUCUGAAGAUCAUAAAGCGUAUAAUAGUUGUGAUAGUUACUUAUUUAUAGUUCUGCAUUCCACUUAUGUUGGUUUAUUGUAUUUGAAACUAUGUAGUUAUGAUCUGAUGAGAUGGUAAAGCAAGAUGUUUAUAUAGAAAAUGAUAAUAUAUAUAUGUUUAGUGGUUUAAUGAUC